AACCCAAACCCAGCCAGACAGUCUCAUCUGUUGGCUGUUGUACAGCUCCCAGAAAAUCGUGGACCUCUCGAUCACUCCCGUGUUGUGUUUCUCGUGGAAGAUUCCUGUUUCGACACGGACCUAACAGUGUGUCAUAUACUUUCCCCUUCGUGCGGAUCAACCCUACUUUAAAUCGAUCAAAUUCGGCGGUUUGAAGAAGAAAAAUAAGGUGGAUCGAAAGCAGCGACACCUAGUGGUUUUAUAUUCAGAGAAGAUUCAUCAAGGCUAUAAAGCAUAUGACGAAAUCUCCCGCUCUUUUUCUACGGAUCUAAAACGGAUCACGUGUAAUUCGAUCAACAUUAAUCUGAAAUUUGUUUCGUUCUUUGAAGGUCAUCAUAGUCAAUUCUGUGAUUGUUUAUGAGAGCAGGAAUCGGAGUGUGUAAAUUCCAAAUUUGCAAGCAAUCCUUCCCAUUGACAUAUUACUGAAUCUAAUAGUGUUUGGUUGGAUAUUUUUGCUCUGCAAUCAGCGGCUAUUCUGGGUAUUGGUAACCUGAAAUGAACUCUACGAUACUGACUGAGCGGAAUCAAGUAACGGAAAAAGCCAUUUAUUACCCACGUUUCUGAUAACAUAGCUAUUUCUGAGGGGCAAGCAUGACAUUUCAUAGCGCAUGACGCCUCAUUCUACAAGGAAGUAAUCUCAGCCUUUAGUGCUGACGUCAUAUGAUCGUGUUGUCUGUGCCGCCCAUUCGCAAACACGAAGGUCACUACCCAUAACGAGUGUAAAAUCUUCGACGCCUCGUGCGUUGGGUGCGGGAAUGCCCCGGGCCUCCCGCGGGGCCCCAUGCCGUCGCCGCCACCGCUGCCCAGCUGCAACAAGGGCGUGCCUACGGAAGCUCCUCCCCCUCCUCACCGCGAAGCCCCGCCCCAUCGCGCAGCCAGCGAGGAAGGCAAGCGAACCAUGGGACUAGACAGCGGCGGGCCACACCCCGGCUCUGUGUCGCCCAACUCGGGCACAGGCUCCCACGGACAGGAGGCCACGCCUUGCUCACGGAAGCGAGAUACCAUGGGCGUUCAGCUUGGCUAGGCAGUCUGGGCAUCGCCAUAUCGCUCUUCAUCGCUCCUGUGGUGACAAUCAUCUGUCGACGCAAAUCCCCUCGCCUCUACGGCGUGAUUGGCGGCUUGAUCUGCGCUCUCGGCUGCCUCUUCCUCGCCUUCUCCACCCAGCCAGAGCAGCUCUUCAUCUCCCACUGCCUCGUCAUGUCUAUCGGCAGUGGCGUCACGGUUGUCACGGCCAACAUCAUGGUGGGGCGGUACUUCCGGCAGCGCCGAGAGAUGGCGGAGAUGAUUCUGGUGGCUGGGAGUGGCGCUGGGGCGGCUGUCAUGGCCACGCUCUUCCAGGAGCUCAUAUCGGCACUUGAGUGGAUGCACGGGCUUCAAUGCGUGGCUGGACUCCUAGUGGUCACUAUCAUAGCCGGAGCCAUGUACCGGUCAGCGAGCUUGUACCACCCGAGGAGGAAGGUCAUUCUACACCUGAAGAGCCAGAAGAAGAAUCGCCGUGACAGAGAGGCGGAGAAACCACCAUACCUAGACUUCAGCGCACUAAAGAUGCGCUCGUUGAGGGCGUUGAUCCUCAUUUCAGCGGUCAUAGGAUUUGGCAUCCACGUACCUUUCAUUUUGCUGGUUCGAACUGCUGAGCAGAACUAUGAAGAGCCGUCUCGCCUUUUCCUCCUGAACGUGUACCUGGGUCUGGGCUUUGUCCUGGGUUGUGUGGGUCUCGGCUACAUCACCAUCAGAAACAGCAACGAAUGCCACAUCUCUAGACGACAUUUGUGUCAGACGUCGGCCAUCUUGUGUGGCUUGUUCACGCUGCUGCUUGUCAUGGCCAAUGACGAGAGUUCCCACACCCUCUACGCCUGGGCCUAUGGCAUCUGCUGUGGCAGUUAUUACUACAGCCUCAAGACGUACUUGUAUGAGCUUGUCAAGACGAGACUGAUGGAGAGAGGCUGGAGCUUCCUGUGUGCUGCCAACAGCUUCCCUGUCCUGUUUGGGGCACCGGCCGCAUCUUACCUGAACAUGGCCUAUGAGUCUACGGUGGCAGGAUACAUAUUUGCCGGAGUGGCCAUGGUGUUUGGUGGACUUCUCUUCUACGCCAUGCCAUUCUGCGAGCGCCACCCCUCCAAUCACGACGUGCUACAGAAGCACAGCAGUGGCCAGUACCCAGCACAUCUCACAGAGGCCGCUGCUCUGCUAGACAUGGAUCUCAGUGAGGGCUGCAUGAGUGGUGGCAAGCUGCACCACCACCACCACCAUCAUCACCACCACCAGCAGUGCCAGCCUAGCAACGGUCUGGCACCAGUCCGGCACAGCAGCAGCAGUUCCACCAGCAAGGGGGACGGGGCUGGUGGGGUUCGAGUUCAGCUGCAGUGCCUUGUGCAGCACAAAGACAGGGGGGACAAGCCAGCCAAACAGGCUCUGCUGACGAAGAUUGCAGAGGAGAAAGACGGGGGAGUGAAAAACUGCUCUUGUGAGAGCGCUGCGAAGAAAGGUGGGUCCUGUAUGGGGAAUACCGGGCAUGUUCAGGUGAAUGUGACCAAGGCAGAGUACUCUGAGUCUGUCACCGACUGCCCGUCCGACAGCACUUUCUCCAAUCACACAGACCGCUCCAGUGGUAAAGACAGUGGUGCCGGAGGACUCAGCAAAAUUGACGGGAAAAAGAGCAAGAAGAACGACGUGAGAAUUGAUCUCUUUGACCCUCCGAGUCAGGAGAAAGAAUCCACCGCUACAGUGUCUUAUGAUUCAGACUUGUACAUAAAUCUAUGUGAAGCUCAGGUGUGAGGAGUAAGAGGAGAAGGAAGAGGAGGAGGGAGCAGUUACAUAUGUGACAUUUGAUCAGUGCUGGCGAGAACACUCACGACUGUUGUCCCCAUUGAUGAUGGCUGGCUGUGUCAAGUGAUUAAGUGUUUCUGCUUUUAUGAAGUGUGAGAAAGUCAUUGUUGCUUUGAUUUAUCAUCCAUCAUUGUACCUGUGAUCUUCUUCUUUCUGAGUUAAAGUGCUUAAAUAUGGAUGAAAACUUGAUCUAAAAAAUUUCAUUGUGAUUGCAGUUGUGAAAUAUCUUCAGUUUUUCACAUGUGAGCGAAAUUGUUUUCUUUCAACUGAAAAUGCUUGAGACAAAUGAUCUUUCCACUUCUUCAGUUUGAGAAGACGCUGGAGAGAGAAAUUAACUGCUCAAAAUAAUAUACUCCUCAGAGAACGCCUGCUUACUACUCUUAUCAGAGAAAUGGUCUGUUUGCUACAUCCGGGAGAGGAGGAAUCGUCAGUGUGUGAUCACUCUUGGGAGAGAUCAAAUUAUACUUGUGGAACUCCUGAGGGGGCUUCAUCUCUGUGAAAAACUCUUACGAGAAAUGAAAUGCUUGUUACGAAAAUAUUGCGGCUCAGAGAGAUAACAUAAAACUUCACAUUGAUGUUCAUUCAGUGUCCGGUGUUUUGAAAUAUUUAAAUGAACUGUCUGAAAAUGACUUUUGCCUUUUCACAUGGGAUAAUGCUGUGUGAUGUCAGUGUCUGCUCUGUGUUUGACUCUGAACUCGUAAGGAAUGAAGUUAAGAAACGGAAGCCAAUCUGCGUGAUCCUGCUCUUGGGGAGAAAAAUUAUUUACUAUUAUCUUGUUCAGACCACACGGGUGCCACUUUUCUGGAAAGUUCUGAAAUUCCAGGAAUAUAGAAUGUUCUCGACUUUCUAAUUUUUUUGGGGUUUUUUUGUUUAAUUGUUUGUGUAUGCGAGCCUUUCAUGUGCAUUGUUAAAUUCUCUUCAGGCUUACAAUUCAGUGAGGUCUGGAAAUCUUACUAUAACAAGGCAGUGGUAGGCUACCCACAGGAUCAUUGUCUUCGCCAGACUCGUUUUGCUAAUGUGUGAUAUAUAUUAUGCUUCAAUUUUGUAAAUCUUUCUCUGAGAACUGAGAGAACAAAGCACUUUUGUAUGGAAUGCCAUAUGUUGAUCAUCAGAGAAUGUAGCCUACUAGCUUUUGUUCAAACUUCUGUGUGAAAUCUCUCGUAAUUCGCAGUCUUAAUUCUCAAUGUGUUGUUUUUGUAUCAUUUCCAUAAAUCGCUAAUUGCAAUGUUUCAGUGUAUGGAAAGAAUGUAAAUGCUGAAUGCUGUCAUCUGGCUCAUCAUUUUUCUGAAAUGCUGUGUAUGUUAUUUGUUGAACAUUGUUUGGCAUCAUGUUGCAAAAAGUGAUGAAUAUUUUGUCUUUGGUUAACACUUUGUUAAUAUGUCACCUGCAUAAUUAAUAUGAUUUUGUGCUGAUUUCUCUUCUAUUAAACGAGAGGCAUCGUGGUGAAAUCAGGCACUGUCAGAAUACUAAAAUUGAAAAAAUGGGCGUUCUUCUGCUAGUUUGGUAAUUUUAUCGAAUUUUCUAUUUUUGGCUCAACAUCUUUUGUUUAUUUUAAAACACGUUUCUGUGUGGAUUUUACGGAAAAAUGUUGAUUAAUGGGACAAAAACUGUAAAUUUUCAGUUUUCAAGGACUCUCAAGCUAUGGAAGUUACCUAACUUUGGUAGCUGUUUUCUAUCUAAUUUCCUCUGAACCCGGUGAGCCCUACCACCUUCAAUGGCUAAUGAUCAGGCUUUAAGAUGAUACCAAUAACUCCAUACGCCCAAAAAUUGACAAGCGCCUGAUUCCACCGCGCUGUGACACAUAAGAUCUGCUACAACUGAUGACAUUUCCACCUUGUUGAACUUCGAGGCUAAGCUACAUUUGGAUAAUUAUCUUUUUUGAAGAUUUUAGGAAAAGUGAGAAAGUCAUAUUACUGUACUCUGAAGAGCCUAGAUAUAUUUAGAAAGAGACUGCCAAAAUUCAGACGAAUGCACAUGUAAAACAAAAAAAAUAAAAUUUUGAAAAGUU